AUGAAAAGCCCAUCUUUUGAAGUUUACAAAUCUUUAUUUAUGGAAAAUGAUUCAACAACUAAAUUUGUAAAUCAAUUCUUUUUAACUUACCCACAAAUUGGACAUUCAAUGAGAAGCUUUUUAGAUAAUAAUAUCAAUAAUAUUGAAAAUUGUUUAUCUAGAUUACAAUCAGAUUGGGAUAGUAUUAAAAAGUGGUUUGCUACCCAAUUGUAA